AUGUUUAAGAAAGUCACCCAAGCCAUAGCUGAUGAAAUGGAUCCAAGAGGAAAACUGGUCCCAGUCCACAGCCUCUUAGACCAGGAACAUUUCAAACCCCUCUGUCUAGUGAGAAGAAAAAACAAAUCCAUAUUCCACCGAUCUCCCCGCUACCUACAGACAUGGUACACACUCGACGAUCUGCUGCUGCCUGCAGAAGACAACAAAAGCACAGAGUCCCUCUUUCCCAGCGGGGCUGGUCAAAAUUCAAGGCAAUUUACAGUCAAAAAAAGAACCAGUGACAGAGUUGAUGGGAGUCUAAGCCUUUGUGUUGACUCGGCCAGCGUCGAGCUGAUAGGAGCUGCCUCCUUGUCCAAAGGGUGGUCCAUCAAGCUGGAGAAGAGCCACAUAUCGCUACCAAAACUUGAUGCACUGAAAACAGAAAGAAAAAUAAACCUGAAUCACUCCUUCAUCCAACAACUACAGAAAACACAACAAAGUUUAUAUGUGGUUCAUGAAGCAAUAGAAACUGCCGAGGAGGCCAGCUACGAGGAAUCCACCGGGGCAGAGGGGAGCUUCAUGACCCAACUUUACGCCAAGUUCUGUGCAAAGGGCAACCACGAGAGCAAAGCAAGCAUAACCAUCCCCAAGGGCUGCACCCUGGCGUUCAAGGCAAUCCAUCUCUACAUCACAGACUCAUCGUGGGAUCUUACGUAUUUCCCAAAACAAGGAGCACUCGCAUCUGAUAGUCUCUCACAAGGAAAAUUAGGACCGCUGGAAGCAGAAGUUAGAAAGAAUUGUCAGAUUCUCUCCAUGUUGUCUGAUCUGUUCGCCAUACUUUUAAAAGCCAUCAAAGCUGUGAUGAGAGACAGGAAUCUCUUUCAAGAACUGACCCAGAAAAUGCAAGCAGUUCUUGAUGAAGCUGGUAGCUGUGAGCUGGAAACAGAAAGCCCAGACUUAAAAGACCUGCUGAGCAGCUUACGGGACUCUUCAAGCCAACUUCUCCUUCCGCUGGCAGGAGCAAUCACCUACACUCUCGACGCGUUAGAUGAGCUAGCGGAGGAUCAGCUGCUGCUGUUGCUGCAGUCCUUGGAAGAGAAGAUCGUGUCCCAGCAGCUCAAGCUGGUUAAGAGCAUCUUGGAAUACAACAUAGAAUGCAGGAAGGAGCCUUUCCGCGUGGACGCCAGCUUGCUGUCCUUCUCACAGGAGAUGGAACAAGAAUUGACCAUUGUGAUGGUGGAGAUGAGCGGAGUGAAGCUCCAGAAAGACGGAUCUGCCAUCUGCACUGGAGAAGCCUUCUCAGCCAUGGCAGCCCUGUACGUGUCUCUCUACGUCCUCGAUCUCCUGAGUAACUCAGAUUAG